CCUCAGUUCCCUUCAACGCAUCUCCUGAACUUCUUCUGAAUCUCUCAAUUUCAAAGGAUAUUGCACUUUGAAGUCCCGUUGUCACCAUGACGACCCAGGAGCAACAGGCGAAGGAUGCGUUGGACAUGAUCGCCUAUGUCUCCCGUCUCCUUCGCCAAGGAAUUGCGAAUUCACUGCCCGUUUCUGGAGACCAGUACUUGACGGUAGCGAUUCCUGGAACGAUCAUUGACACACGAGACGUUUCCGAGGGUGGCUCGUACGUAUGGACGCCGACCAAGACCAAAGAUCCUUUGACUCCACUCGCGGUGCAGCAAGCCGAGGCGAAGCUCGUUGAUGGAAUGAUGCCUUUAGCUACUGUGAUAGUCGGGAAUACAGGAAGAAGUGUGUCUAGGAGCUAUAAUCGAGCCCUGGAUCUUCUCGUGCCUUUGAAAUCUGCAGGAUCCCCAGGCUGUAACGAUCCGUCAGAUCCAAGGUUCACGAAAGCAAUGGACUAUCUUAGGUCGACGGACGACGUUGGAAGAUCACCUAUUGAUUAUUACAUUGCCAAACAAACAGCAUGGCAGGAAGCGCAAUCUGAGUGGGACAGUGCGAAGCAAGAUGCGCAUUCUGGCUUUCUCAGACAGUACCCAGGGGGGAAACCCGAAGACAUCGCCGCGAUCCAACAGGCGAUGAAUGAGUGGAAUCAGGUUAACUUCAGAAAGUACAAGACCAAUGUCCAAGGCAAGUGGAUGGACUGGGUCACACGGGGAAACAAGUAUGAAGUCGAGAACAGUUUUGGUGUCGUCGAUAUCGAAUCCAUCAUGGCCCGCAUUGAGGAGAGCAAGGAGUCCUGGAGAAACUCAACAAUUGUUGAUGAGGAUGGUGCGAAUGAGCUUCAAAGCGUGCGCCUCACGCCCAGAAAUUGGGCCCAGCUCUGUCAAGACAAAGUUACGCAGUGGAGGGCCACCAAUGGAGGCUACUCGUAUGAGCAGCUUGAAGCUGAGAUUGAACCAAGCUCCUUCUCACAGAGCAAGUCGUCUUCGUCGUGGGGCAUGUCUGUCUCCGGAGGCGUCAAUUAUGGUCUUUUCAGACUCGGCGGAGCGUACUCUCAUGAGGAGGGAAAGUCUGAGAUGUAUCAAGACAUGGCCAAGUGUGAUGUUGCUAUAUCUUUCGACGCCAUGGUCGUAAAUAUCAAUCGACCAUGGUUAUACGGCGAACUGUUUGGCGACUAUGAACUUAACGUUGCGGACGGAAUCAAGCUCUCCCCAGGACCUGAGCAGCUCCAGCAAUGGUUGACGGAUGUGAAGAACAACGCGAAGGUACUAGGAGAGUGGACUCAGUUCCCGUCAUAUCCCACGUCAUUCGUCGUUGCCGCGAAUACUAUCAUCGAGUUCACUGGCUCCACCAGCCAUAUUGAGCAGCACUUCUCGUUCCACAGCAACUCUGGGAGCAUUAGCGUCGGGUUUGGUCCGUUUUCUAUGAGUGGCAGUUUCCACGAGGAAGCCCAGAAUGCCAACGUUCAGAUGCAAGCCACGGCGACGGGUUGCAAGAUCGCGUUCGGCAGUCCUCAGAUCAUUGCUUGGACAAGUCAGAUCCUACCCCAACUACCGAGACCUAAGGAUUUUGAUCCAUUAGUAACGAAUUUCGUGUGAUCGAUGCCAGUGACCACCAUUGGCCAAUAUUCUUCCUCGGACAUCUCGUUCUCCGGUCCCAUAACCCUGCUGAGGGUGUUCUCCUUAAUUGUGUUCCCAUU